AUGAAAGUCUGGAAACAGGGUAAAGAGCGCCAAUGAAGGCAACGGGUCUCCAACUGAUAAUGUACUGAACUCAGGGGGUGUGAAGCGUUAACGAGACACCAUCAUCAAAGAGAAUGAGUGUGCCUUCCUCAGUCGUUUACCCAAUAUAAAAGCACAAUAAGAACCGAGUCAGUCCAGCAGAAAUCCCCCUCUCUGAUACGACUCCUCCGGCUCUGCAUUACAGUUAGUCUUGCCUCCCUCGCAUCGCAAUACACUUUUCAAAAUUUCUUCCAGACGGACUUCGAAACUUGGAAGGGCUCGUGGUAUAUUUUUGCCAGUGACUGCUUGCAGCAGCGCUCCGCUCUCCCGAUGGCAACCAUGAGGCUCUGCUCCAUUCUAAGUUUAAUCAGGUUAUUGUGCGCUGUGCAGGGAACAAGUGCAUCUAUUUUGGUAAACGCCAGCGACAUGCUCCUUUCAUCAAACUUCAGCAGUACAGAAUUGCCUUGGAGAAAAUAUCCGGCACCCGAGAACGUCCCUAAAACCAGACGGAGGCGAUACAUCUCACAGAAUGACAUAUCGGCUAUUCUCGAUUACCACAAUAAAGUUCGAGGUCGUGUCACCCCACCUGCUGCAAACAUGGAAUACAUGGUCUGGGAUGAAAAUCUGGCAAAGUCUGCAGAGUCUUGGGCUGCCACAUGUAUAUGGGACCACGGACCAAAAUAUUUACUGAGAUUUCUUGGGCAAAAUCUCUCAGUUCGCUCUGGACGCUAUCGGAAUAUUCUACAACUAGUGAAACCUUGGUAUGAUGAAGUGAAAGAUUACCGUUUUCCAUAUCCUCAAGAAUGUAAUCCCAGAUGUCCCAUGAGAUGUUAUGGACCAGUGUGCACUCACUACACCCAGAUGGUUUGGGCAACAUCCAACAAAAUAGGAUGUGCAAUCCACACCUGCAACUACAUGAAUGUCUGGGGAGCUAGAUGGCGGAAUGCUGUUUACCUUGUGUGCAACUAUUCUCCAAAGGGAAACUGGAUUGGAGAAGCACCGUAUAAAGUUGGAAGGCCCUGCUCAGCUUGUCCACCCAGUUAUGGUGGAGUCUGCAACAGCAAUCAGUGCUUCCCGCGAGUAACCUCAAACUACUUAUACUGGUUCAAGUGAUCUGUCCAGAUUCCAGAAAAAAAUAGCAAUGCCAAUAUUAGGAUUCCUCAACAGAGUUACUAAUUAGCUGAAGAGACUUCACAGAACACAUUAUAUACCCAUUAUUAUCACUGAAAACUUUGCCUUAAAUUUAUCAUCUUCCAGAGACAUUUACUAUUAUCAUUUUACUGCUUUUAACUUCCAUCGAGUUAGCUCGUAGAAAUGCAAUAUGUAUUAUAUCAACUCAAGGCACUGUAUUUAUGAAGAACAACAACAGCAUAAUACUUCAGAAUAUUGCUAUCUUUUUAUUUACCAGGUGGGAAUAGAAAGCAGUUCUCAGAACGUUUUGUGAAUGGAUGUGAUGUAAUGUUAACAACUUGUAAAAACAGUUUAUUAUUUAAACCUAAUGGUUAUGUAUAGGUUUGCACCUGGGUUGAUGUUAAAACUGGAGGGUCAGUUAGAUGAACUAUAGAACUUGCUUGCAGAUAGCAUUAAUUAAAGCAAAUACUAAUAACUUAAUAAGCUAUGGUCUGGAUAGCUGAGGCAGUAUAGCUUCUCAUGGUGCUAAACAUUUUAUUUAAAAUCCCUGCUAACCCGCAUCAGGCAUAACUUCAAAGAACUUAGCUAAGAUAUUAAAUAUGGAAGACAAAUAGGACAAUCUUAAGGGUGCUAAUGAUCACAAUAAUCAGAUUUGUGAUCACUUAUGUAUUUUCCCAUCACAAUGGGAAUUAAGCCCCAGGCAGCUCAGACACAAACACAUCUGUAUUUUCAGGUAGCACAUGAGCAGGCUCUUGUGCCAAAAACAAGUUACAUUUCUGCAACAUUUACAGAGGAUUGCACUCACGAUCCAACACUGCCUCUGAUUACUUAUCUACCCUUCUUCUUCCUCCCAUAUCAUUAUUUUCAUUAGAUCCUCAGCAUUUCAUUUCAUAAAUAAAUAUUUUGGCCCUUUGGUUUGAUGGCAUUAUCCCCUAACCUUAAUAACAAAUUAUUUCUCUUGUGUUUUUAACAUGAUAAAACGUCUUAUGGCAUGACAAAAGUCACUACUCAAUGCCACAUACUAACACAAUUAGUACCACAGACAACAAUUGAUUCAUGCCUUUUGCUCCAAGGGGAGAUAUCAUCAGAACUUUCUGAAAAUUCAGUUUCUGUGGCAUGCAAUGUAUUUUUACAACAAAAGCUAUGGGGCAUUUUUUAGAGAAAAAGUCAGAAAUACUGGAUUAAUAUAAAAGCAGGAGUGCUGGAAAUACUCAACAGGUCAGACAGCACAUUUGAAGGACGAAGCACAGUCAAUGUUGGAGAUCAAUUUGUUCCAUUUUCUGGUUUAUUUCCUACUUUUCACACUUCUGCCGUAUUUUGUUUUUGUUAUAUUAGAAUGGUAGCUUAAUUGUCUCACUAUCUGCUUAUUAUUCUUUGCUACUUGCAUUAACUUUGAUAACUCUCAUUCAUAAUUAAUAUAAAAUAGAGGAGAAAUGGAGCAGUUUUCAGGAAAUGUAAUGUACUUUUGAAUUGUUCAGUUAUCAGGAGCAUUACACAUGGUGCACAAUAAAUCACAAAUGGUGACCUCUUUACCAGGUAAAGCCUGAAUACUUAAUCAUUUAGGCAGUUUAACGCUGAUUACAGUUAUGUGCCUGAACUUCAUCCUUGGUUGCUUUGUUUCCUUUUUCAUUUAAUUUGUUCGAUAUCAGCACAAAUAGCUGAAACAUUGUGGAAUUUUAAGUGCAAUCAGUGCAAUGCAAGCUUUUACGAUUUUUUACACAGACUUAGAGCUGCAGACACUUAUUGCAGAGAAUUUGAAAUUAAAUGGACACUUGCCUUGCCUGAU